CUUUCAUCAUCCGGUCUUUAUUUGUUUUCAUUUCAACUGCGUGAAACACGUUUUCGUGUUUACUCGACUUGGAUUUUAAUUUUUAAUUAUGCAUUUUUAUUAAAAUUGCAGAGAAUGAUUGGUCAUUUAAUUUGAAAAAAAGUAUAUUGUAAGACGUACUCAAAAUGAAGGAUAAACCUGUUUCGCACAAAAAUUCAAACACUUUUCGUUUUCAAACGUUUGCUGAACGAAUAAGUAGUAUUACAAUCGAUGUGAUACAUGAUUAUCGCAAGAUAUCUUCUACUCCUGAUGAAGCUGAUACUUUUUUCAAAGAAGCUUUUGAAAAAUGGAUAGAUUUAAACUUUACCCUAGAUUAUGAGAAUCUUCGUAAAGAUAUUGGUGUUGAAAUACAAACCUUAUCACAAAUUGUUUUCAGAAAGGAUGAAAUAAUUGAAAUUCUUUUGAAACAUCUGAGUAAAACAGAAAGCUUAGCAUUAGAUGCUAUUUUAGAGUUGGUCGUAGCUUUGGCUAGAGACCUUCAACAUGAUUUUUAUCCAUAUUUUCCCAAGUUCUUCUCCUCCAUAACAUUUCACCUUACUACAAAUGACACUGACUUACUUGAAAAGUUAUUUACUGCAUUAGCCUACCUGUUUAAGUUUCUUUGGAAAUACAUGAUCAAGGACAUUGAAAAUGUGUACAGGCUGUUUUCUACCUUGUUGAGUGACACUAAUAAAGAGCACAUAAGAAUUUUUGCUGUGGAAAGUUUUGCUUUCUUAAUAAGAAAGGUUCAGAAUAAAGAAAAGUUGUUCCUGUUUAUAUUUUCUGAACUGGAAAAGAGUCCUGAGAAACAUUUAGGAGUUGGCCAACUAUUCUUUGAAGUUGUGAAAGGUGUUAAGCAACAGUUUCACAGUUGUGCAGAAAUAGUUUUGAAAUUACUCUUCGGACUUUUAGGAAAUGAAAAUUGUUCUGCUCAUUUAAUUCAACAGUCUCUUGAGCAUAUGUUUAGUGCUAUGUGUAAGCAUACUGUAAAAACUCAUUGUGUUAUAAUUCAAGAUAUUUUUUGUGAUUUCAUAAAUGAAUUAAUCGCUAAGCUCGAUACUCAGGAAUCAAGUGUUGCUAAUCACCUUGAUAGAAUCUUGAAACUAUUCCUCAUUUGGAUUGAAUUUAAAAAGGGAAGCUUGAUUACAUCAAAUGACUUAUUUGUCGAGGUUUUGAUAUCCUUAUGUCAUGUGAAGAGUCUGCCUGAGUACUGUAUGAAAUCUGUAGUUGAUAUUAUGUCUGCUGUUAUGAUUUCAAGCUGUGUAGAAUUACCUGUUAAUCAAACAAAAUCAGCUAUAUCAAAGAUAUACUCUCAUUCAACAGAAAUCGUUUUUUAUUUUACCAGAUGUAUGUACAAAUAUGGAAUGUUUGAAAAGGAUCUUUUGCCUGUUUUGUUGUCAGAAUGUUUGAGUCUUUUAGAAAAGCCGGAUACCAAUAUUAAAGUUCUUGAAAUUCUUUCUGAGACCAUUGCAACAUUGAAGCCAGUAACUUUAAACUUUGAAGACAUUGAGUCCUUUACAAAAUUGUACUUUUAUUCUAGCCUAUCUAAGAAAGGAAACAAUUCUAUGGAAUUUGCUAGUUUAGAAAAGUAUUUACUGCAAACCUUAAGCUUCAGCAGUGUUACUAAAGAAAGCCUUUCUGAAGCUUGGUCCGCUCUUAUUUGCUUGCCUCAUCUUAGAUUGGUUGACCAGACAAAAGCUACUAGUGUCAUCAAUGAAUUUAUGAUAAAUAUUAAAAAGCAGCUGCUGGAUAAUGAGGCGACUCAUUCUUUUGAUGUAGAAGAAUGUUCAUUUGUUCUUUUAAAUGCUUACUACUCUUUGCUACUCAUUAAUAAAGAUGAAGAAAACAACUCUCCUCCUACAUGUUUUUUUACUGAUUUAUUAAGGAAAUACCCAUUAAACUUACCAAUUUUGCACUUGGUAGACCUUUAUUUUAGUUCAUGCUUAAAAAAUAUUGAAAUUGAUAGUGUUGAAGAAGUCAUGAUGAUUCUCCUUCCAAAUUUGUCUUCACCUUAUCAUAAGAUUCGACAGUCAACAUUAAGAUUGUUAUGUUCUAUAACUUCAAGUAAUUUGCAACAUAAGGCAAUUUUGGAUAUUUUAAAUAUUUGCUAUGAAGCUGAAAAAGUCCCUUUGGAUGUUCAAAACUAUAGAGAGAAACUGAAAUGGUUAAGAAAAUUGGAAUACAGCUUCAUAGAAAAAGAUGUUCCUGUUGAUUUAGAAAAUAUAUGUUUGAAGGUACCAGUAUAUUAUUUGCUAGGUAUGUUGUAUGUGAAUUUCAAGCUGCUUUGGGAUCCUACAAUAUUACUUUUAGAAAGCUUUGCUCAUGGAAAAACAAAGCUGUUUUGGGAUGUCUUUUUUCCUCAUCUUGAUAACAUCACAAAUUUAUGUGAACAAUACACAUCUGAUUUAUCAUUUACUGAUAUUAGUUUGGAUAUGGACAGUAGUACUUUUUGUCAUCAUUUCACAUCAUUUUGCAAACCAAAGGAAAAACCUGAUCUGCUUAACCAUCGAAUGCUGCUUUGGAAAGCUAUGGAGCAUUUUCCGAAUGUUGUUGAAGCAAAAAACAAGAUAAUUGUACCUUUCUUGUUCCAAUUUAUUAUGAAAGAAGUGCACAAAAUUGAAACUUCAAUGGCAAGCACUGAAAAUAUCAACAGAAAUCAGGCUGCUUUGGAUGUUAGUUCUACUUUUGAAUUAGAAUCUGAGGAUGAAGAUACUAACCAAUCUGGAAAGAGGAAACGUAGAUGCACAAGAGAGAAAGUGAAAAAGAAUAAGAAACUCAAAAAAGAUUCUGAAUCUGAAAAAUCAUCUGAAUUAGCGGAAGGUUUUGAUACUAAAUCAAAUUCUGAAACGCAGUCUGCAGAAUUAAUUCUAGAAGAUAUGGAAGUUGAAGAAGAAAUUGAGUCUAAAAAAGAAGAGGAUUCUGAAGAGGAAGAAUCAGAAUCUGAAGAAGAGGAGGAGGAAGAAGAACGCCAUGUUACAGUUGCACCUAAAAAGGCCAAUUAUGCUAAGAGAAAAUACCAUGUUUCAAAAACACUUGCUGCCUAUUUAUCUGUUUUUGCAAAAUUCAAGAAUCCAAAAGGAGGAUACAAAGCAGAAGAAUUGGAAACACUUUAUAAAGAGCUUCUUUGUUACUACGAUCCAGUUAUACAGAAGCUGGCAUUUGAUUGCAUUCUAACUUUUAACCACAAGUUUUUGCAUCCUUACAAAGAUAAUUUCUACAGAAUUCUAGAGAAUAAAACAUUCAAGACUGAAGUGGUUCUGUUCAGUUUAGAUUCUCAAAAUGAAAUUAUCCAGAAUGAACACAGAAUGAAUGUGUUGGCUAUUUUAAUGAGGGUGUUGUAUGGGAAAAUGCUUUAUAAAACAGGGAACAAUACUGUUGGCAAAGCACAGGCAAACACCAGGCGGUCUUUAGUUCUACGUUUCUUAGCUGGAUGCAAAGCGGAUGAAUUGAAAAUGUUUUUUGAUCUAGUGUUUUUACCUUUUAAAGAACAGCUCAAUGAUGAUACUCUUACUGCUGUGAAAAAGAUAAGGGAAAGCAUAAAUUUAGGAACUGUAGUUCCUAUUCGAAGGCAACAUAGUGCAUUAAACACACUGGGACUGAUCCUGCAACAUUUGGGCAAUCUGAUACCAGAAUUGUUACCUUGGCUGUUAAAAGUGUUGCUAAUUAUAACUGCCACAAGUACUACUUUAUUAGAAAAACGAGAUGAGGUUCUUCCUCAAUGUGUAAACAUCUUGAAAACUGUCAGAACAUUGGCUGUUAUGAAACUUAUGCAGUUUUUCCAUACAUUUAAAGACUAUGAAUAUUCUUGUGAAGAAAUCGAUGCUAUAUUUGAAAGUAUUGUGUGGUCAAUGUUACCUCGUUUGGAGUUUGAAUCUGUAAAUCAACCCUCUCCUUUGUUGCGUUUCAUGGCUACAUGGAGUGAAAAUCAAAGGUACUUCCCAUUAUUUGCCAAACACCAUGAUACUGCUAAAUCUUUGACUCCAUUACCUCAUAUUAUGAGUUUGUAUAGUUCCAAUCGAGUGAAAUCAAGAGUAGUAGGUGUCAUAUCUAAAAUAGUUCUUCAGCUAUUAACACUUGAGGAUGAUGAGCCUGAAGAAGAAGAUAAGCAGUUGCCACCAUUAAAAGUAAAUUUUUGUGUGGGGUUAACAAGUGAUUUGAGCACAGAUGUGAAUUUUGGCAUUCAGCUACUACUGCCCUACAUUGACAAAAUUCUGACAAGGUUUGAAAUAACAGCCUGUGCUUUAGCUAAAAAAAGGAUUAAAAAGUCUUUGUCUACUAGAGAUCUUAAUAUUUUAUUGAAGAUAAGUUGCUUUGUGGACGACUCCAAACUUUGUUUUAAAUUAAUCCAGUUGUUAACUCCUUUCCUUCUGAAACCUAAGCUGGAGGGUGAUAAUGAAGUUCUGAUAUUGAAUAAUAUAUCAAAUUUAAUUAAGAAGUCAGAAAAUCCUGAUUAUUUUAUAAAAUUGUUUGCUCCAUUGUUUGGGAAACUAACACACCAAGGCUCUCGUAUCGCCUUAGUUAAUGUGUUUACUACUUUGGCUGAAGUAAAACCAGAAAUGCAACUAGUGGCUGAUACUGUUUCAAUGCUAAAUGCUUUAGACUCUAGCUUAGUUGAAGAGCCUGAUUACCAACAACGAUUAGAUGGUCAUAAAAAAGCUUUGGAGGCAAUCAAACAGAUGGAUGAAACAACAUUCAAUGAAAACUUCAUCAGAAUAAUUAUUUUCAAUUCCUCCUUCACAAUAAGAAAAUGUGAUGAUAUUGCUUUACGCAACAGUGCUACUUAUCUUAUGCAAGAAAUAAUUAAAUCUCUGAGUUUGUUCAUUAAUUCACUGCCUGAAGUUGCUAGAAUGUUGCUGUUUGAUACUUUGCUCCUAGAAGUGCAAAAAGGCUUGAAAAGUCCAUCUGAGUCUGUGAGGCAUGAAUUUAUUCUGAUACUGUCAACUGUUGUGCGAACUUUCAAAGAUUUACCAAACUUCAAAGAUCUUGCUCUUCUUUGUGAUGAAGAUAGAGAAGUCGACUUCUGGGAAAAUAUCAGGCAUUUACAGGUUCAUCGACGGGCUAGAGCGCUUCUUCGCUUUGCCAAUAUUUUGAAAGAUAGUAACUCUCAAGAAGAAAAUAAUUCAGUUCAUUAUAUUGUCGCAUAUAUGUUCCCUAUAGUUCAAUCCUUUCUUUUUGAUACUGCAUACAAGAAACAUGUCCAUGUAAUAGAUGCUGCAAUAGAGACUCUAGGUCAAGUAGCCAUGGUUUUACCUUGGCAUCAUUAUGAACCUUUAUUGAAACAGUAUUUGAUUUUGUUGUCAAAAGAUGCUGAACAUCAUAAAACAAUUGUAAAAAUUAUAGUUUCCCUACUCAAUGCUUUUCAUUUUGAUCUAUCCAAGCCAAACACUGCCACCCUUGAAGAAAGAACUGCUCCCUGUGAUGAAAGCAAAAUUAUUGCUGAUAAUAAGUCUAGUGAAGGCAAUGUUCUUACUGAAACCAAAAAUGAAAGCCAACUCGUUGCUGCCAAUAACAUUAAUAAAAUACACAGUACUAUAAAGAAGAAUAUUUUGCCUCACUUACAUCGCUCUUUAAUGCAGAAGAAUAAAAGAGAAGAUGAACAUAAAUUAGCUGGUGCACCCUAUUAUCCAGAAAAUGAUGAGAUUUUAAGAGUCCCUAUAGCCCUUGCUAUGGUAAAAUUACUUCAAAAGCUUCCUACUGGACUACUUGAACGAAAUCUUCCUGGAUUGUUUCUCAAAAUGUGUGGUUUGUUGAAGUCAAGAACUGAAAGCAUCAGGGAAACAACUAGAGAAACUUUAAUAAAGAUGAUGCAGUCUCUAGGACCUCAGCAUUUCAGAUGUUUGUUAUCGGAGAUAAAAGGUGUUAUGACAAAAGGUUAUCAGGUGCAUGUCAUGACAUUCACCAUCAAUGCUGUGCUUACUAAUAUUGCUGAUCAAAUGAAACCAAGUGAUUUAGAUUCCUGUGUCAAAGACUUAACCGAGAUUUGCAUGAAUGAACUCUUCACUGAUAUGGCAGAAGAGAAAGAAGUCUCCAAAAUAACUGGUAAACUUAAAGAAGCUCGUAGCUUUAAAAGCUACUCAAUAUUUCAAAUAUUGAGCAAAUAUAUAUCAGAGAAUAUUCUUCUAGAGCUUAUAGUGCCUUUAAAAGAAAUCCUUUCCAAGAAAGUCAGUCAUAAAAUCAUGAGAAAAGUAUCUGAGUGCCUUCGUCACAUCGCGCUUGGAUUGAGUGAAAAUGGUAGCCUGACAAGCAAAGGUCAACUUUUGUUCAUUCAUGCCAUUAUUAAUGAAUCAAUUCCUGGACUUAACAAAAAGAAGAAAAUUCCAGUCACUAACCCUUUGAAGUAUGAACGUCCAGAUAUAUAUUUGGUCCCUAAAGAACCUGGAAGAAGUGGACCUCCAGCUAAAGUUAAUGAAAGAACUACAUCUCACGUUCUUGUUGAAUUUGGAUUGCAGCUCUUCCAAUUUUGCUUGAAGAAGGAUAGAAUUGAGAAAGAUCAAAAGGAAAUUCUACAGAUGCUGGAUCCCUUUGUUUCAAUUUUGACAGAUUGCUUAGAAUCCAAACACAUAAAGAUUAUUACAACUGCACUGCGUUGCCUGAACCCUCUCUUCAAAUACACAUUACCAUCUUUUACAACUUGCUCUAAAAAAAUUGUGGCAUCUCUGUUUAUUUUAGUCAAUAAGUAUGCUGCUGUGGGGAUGGGACAAGGUGAAAACUUUGAAAUGAUUGUAAUGUGUUUUAAGUUAUUCACUGCUCUUGUGAGGGAUUCAAACUUCCAGCUGAGUGAGGAACAAUUGCAGUCUUUAUUAAGUUAUAUUGAACAAGAUAUUUAUGAUUACACCAGACAAGCCACUGCCUUUUCUCUCUUAAAAGCUAUUUUGUCCAAAAGACUUGCUGCUCCUGGAUUGAAGGGUAUAAUGAGUAAAAUUGCAGAAAUGGCCAUCACUGCAGAACAAGACCAUAUCCGAGUACAAUGUCGUCAGGCUUGCAUGCAAUACAUGCUUGAUUAUCCUUUAGGCAAGCAACUUCAAAAACCUAUGUCUUUUUUCAUUGGUCAAUUAGAAUAUCAUCUUGAACCUGGUAGAGUGUCAGCAUUAGAAAUUGUUAAUUCGAUGGUCAACAAUUUUCCUGAGGAAGUAUUGAAAAUGCAUUCUGCUCUCUUUCUAAUACCCCUUGCAGUUAGGCUUGUUAAUGAUGAGUCCCCUAGUUGUCGAAAAAUGGCUGCCCAAUGUAUCAAGAAGCUUUUAACAAAGGUUCAGCAUGAUGGCCGUUUAUCUCUGUUUUCAAUAACCUUCACCUGGCUUCAAGCAAAGAAGGUUUCUCAUAAACGCUUGGGUGCUCAACUUUGUGGCAUGUUUGCUGAAGUGGAAGGAGAACAAUUUGAAAAUCACCUGCACCAAAUUUUGCCUGUUCUUGUUGACUUGAUCAUUACUUACAAUAAUGAAGAAGCUAAGAGUCCAGCUGAUGAAAGAAGCACUGACCACUUUUUAUUCCAUAUUUUGAAUGCUUUAGCUAAAAUGCUUACUUUUUGUCCCAUAAUUAAAAAAGAGGAAUUUUCUGAUGAUUUGAAUAUAAUGUGGGAUACUGUGAAAGAAUUAAUACUGUAUCCUCAUAUGUGGGUGCGUCUUGCUGCAAGUCAAUUAUUUGGGCUCCUUCUCUCCGUUUAUUCAGUGGAUGAAGUACAAGCUGCAAUUUGCAACCAGAAUGGAGAAAGUUUCAUCUACCUAAACAAUAGACAAAAGCUUAGAGAUUUGUCAGCCGAUUUUUGUACACAACUCCAAAGUCCCUAUUUAAAUGAAAAAUUAAGUGAACAAGUAAUUCGUAAUCUUGUGUAUUUAGCAAAAGUGAUAUCCAUUCUUCCUGAAACAACAAAUGAGGAGGAGGAUGGAGAUUGUGUCCAGGUUACUCUGGGAUGGAUGAUUCGCAAGUUGUGUCGAGAGGUAAAGAAAGAAGUUGCUGAACAGCCAUCUACAUCUCAAAGGAGAAAAUGUGUUUUCUUGUUUUUGGGAGCUGUUGUUCAUGAACUUGGGAAAGAAAAAAUAAUUCCUCUCCUAAACAAUAUUCUUCUACCAUUGUGCAGAGAAAUUGCAGAUAGUUCUAAGCAAGCUGAUGAGGAAUUGAAAAAGAAUGCUCAGGAAGUCAUAAAUAUAAUUCAACGUGUUGUGGGAAUUGAUGACUUUACAAGUGCCUACGCUGAUGUGCAAACAUUUUUGUUGAAAAAGAAAGCAAAAAGGAAACAAGAUAAAGCUAAAGAGGCUAUUACGGACCCUGAAAAAUUUGCUCAAAGAAAAAUGAAGAAACAAAAAAGUAAAAAAGAAUCCAAGAAAAGGAAAAUAAUGAAAAUUAAAGGAAAAAGGAAAGCUAAAAAACCAAAAUUAGCUGACUUAGUAAUUGCAUCGUAAUUAAAUUUUAUACCUAAUUUGUAAAUAUGUUUUGAUAAUUUAUUGUUGAAUAAAUUGUUUUUAAGAAAA